GGCAAUGAUAAUACUUAUAGUAUUGUUAGCCAAAAAGAAGGUAGAUCGCAUGCCGUGACAUACGUUCCCAUUGAAACAUACUUCACUUUAGAACCAUACAUUGAAGAUAAAAUGGAACAAAAAUUCAGAAUCGAGUCGCAAAAUGGUUCAUCUCCUGUAGCUAUUUCUAUAAAAGAGCAAACCUUAUAUGCAACCGCAGAUCAAGAAAAAGGGUUUGCUGAGGGUUCACGCAUCGUUCCCGGGACUGUUAAUAAGAAACAAUGGAAUCUUUCUUCAUAUAUUUCUCAAAUUUUUUAUGGCACCUUGAUACAUUCACUGUCUUUAACUGAACUUAAAAUUAUUUUCAAUGCGGUUUUGGGCGUCGACAAUUGUGGCAAAAUUGCCUUCUUAGAACCUAAUGUUUCAAACGAGCAAACUUUAUGCGAUAUUAUAAAGAGAUGGGGAUCUACCAAAGAUAAACAUGCUCCACAAUAUCCAAAUGCGGGCACUGGUAUGGACUUACCUUUGCUUGAUUGGCUUAACAAGUAUACUUAUCCUCUGGAAAAAAAAUUCUCAUCAAUUGAAUUUGCCAAGAAAAUAUAUCCAAUUGUUGUUAAUCAAUUAUUGCGUUGUGGUACAACCACUGCAGUCUACUAUGCAACUAUUCAUCUAGAGUCUAGCAAAUAUUUAGCCGAUGUAGUUCAACAAAAAGGUCAAAGAGGGUUCAUCGGUAAAGUGAAUAUGGAUCGUAAUAAUCCCCAUGAUUAUGUUGAAACAAUGGAAUCAAGUGUUAGAGACACAGUGCAAUUUGUGAAAUACAUUCAGAGCCUCGAGUCUAGUCUUAUUACACCAAUAAUAACACCACGGUCUGUACUUAGUUGCACACCUGACCUUUUGAAAUCUCUUGGAGACAUCUCUAAGGAUUUUCAAAUUCCAAUCCAAUCUCACCUCUCAGAGAAUCUUGCAGAGAUUGACAGC